GAAGUGACCUGUGAAAAAUGUUGUGGUUCAAGUGUAAUGAAAUUAUACCUGGAACUGCAAUAGGUGUAGGAUUCCUCGGGGUUGCAUUAAGUUUUUUUUUGUUUUUGUACGAAGUAGCACCUGUUCCAGAUCUCCAUGUAAUUUGCAGAAUGUCUCAGGCCUCCGAGGAAAAUCUUGAAGUAUUCAGAGCAGAAAAAAAUGAGGCAUUUGUGCUUGGUUACACUGGCGAAGUGGGCAGAGAGCUUAUACGAGACAUGGCUUUGUUGAAGGCAUUCUCCAAAGUGUACCUCAUAGGCAGGCGAUUUGUUACACUUCCUGACCACCUUGGUCCAGAAUUUGAACAAGUGGUUGUAGAUUUUGAUGAUUUAGACUCAUAUUCUGAUGUGUUUAGAUAUGUGAAGUAUGGAUUCUGCUGUUUGGGUACAACAAGAGCUAAAUCUGGAAAGAAAGGGUUUGUGAAGGUCGACCAUGACUAUGUAUUAAAAGCUGCAGAACUUGCCAAGGCAGCAGGAUGCAAACAUUAUUCAGUUUUGUCAUCCCAGGGGGCAGAUAAAAACAGCUCACUUCUCUAUCCCAGGACCAAGGGCCAAGUGGAGGAAGCCCUGAAGGUGAUUCAUUUCCAACAGCUGUCAAUAUUCCGACCAGGGCUGUUACUCUGUGACAGACAAGAGAGCCGCCCAAGUGAGACUUUCUUCAGGACAAUACUUAAACCCAUGGCAUACUUCUUCCCUACCGCUGUCACCACACCUGUACAGGUAGUCGCUCGUGCAAUCAUCAAUGACGCCAUUCACCCCAUUCGACACGAACCAGUUUUGCUAUAUGAAAACAGAGCAAUUCAUUUCCUCUCGGGUAUUUCGAAGCAGUGUAGUUGAGAAAUUGAAAGUAACCUUUUAUAAAAACUUCUGCUUGAUUUGAGUUUAAUUUAUUAAUGGAUCACGGUAUUAAUGUAACCAAAAAUACUGCUGAUUUUCUUUCUCAAUGCUUUCCAGAUGAUUUCUUAACUUAAAGUAUAUUCACAAAAAUUGAUAACAGAAAAGAUAUACCAUACUUGACCUAUUAAGAACAAUUCUUAAUAUCAGAGCUGUGCACUUUGAUGUAAUUUUUCUCCAUUUGAAAUCAGAACGGUGAAAAAAACUUUUAGACUGUUGAUUACAUAUGGCAGAUAAGUGAGGUUUACAAACUUGUUAUGGUUUUUAAUCAAUUGAAUUCACCAUCCUCAUUCACAAAAAAAAGAUGGAAAUGGAUCAAGGGUUAAGUAAGGUGUACUUAUAAGGUUGAAUAUGGCAGUAGAGCUAUAAAAAAGCCAAUUUUAUCCUCUAGAAGGGAAUUUAUUUGUGUAUAUUCCAUGUUAUAGUAAGAAUAGUGAAGGGAUGUGUCAACAGCGAUAAAAUGGGACAAGGUUUUUUUUCCAGAUUAUUAUAUGACAGCAUUGUCAGAUAUGCCUGUAAUGUACAAAGUCUAUUGUUGUUGGGUUUUCUUUCAAAAUUAAUGAGAUAUCUAGAGCAAUGGAGGGUAUUAUCGUCAGGUUAAGUAUGACUGCUUCAUUACCAGUGAAUACUGUUCAUAAAAAUAAAAUAACUGUUGUAGGUUAAGCUUAGGCUAGUGUUGUGUUUACCCGAGUCUGACUCGUUGAGCGUUUGUCACUUAUACGAGGGAACAUACUUUAUUUGUAUUUCCGGCCGAACAGAGGCAGUUAUCGUCAGGUGGAGGCAGUUAUCGUCACCGUCAAUAUUUUCAUGCGUUUUGAAAUGUUUCUUGUUAUAAACACAAAAAAUAUCAUGUCUACGUUUAAAGAACAUGCAUUGAUCAACAAAAAAAUGCAUUUAAACCGUUAAACAAAUAUGCAACCGGGCAAAUAUCAUUGUCGGAAAUGUUUUGGGUUUCUGCACGUGCUGCCCGAGCUUUCAAGCACUUUGCAACAGUGAACAUUACAUUCAGCAUCGAUGUUACGUAUGCUAAUACAAUAUUACGAUAUCAAUAAAUAUCAGAUGAAACUUGGAAGACACAGAUCAAAUACUGAUCUUUUAAAAUCAAAUCUUAAAUUUAGAACAAACAAUUGGGUCUUCUAAAAGACUCGGUUAUUUAUUUCGAUUAUGCAAAACUGACGAUAACUGCCUCCAGUGUACCAAAUUGUGGCAGUUAUCGUCAGGCCGAUUUACGGCAUCGAAGAAGCCCGGAUGUGCAUACAACGCGGGUCAACUUAGCAGACGCGGCGGAACUUCACAUAUAUCACAAACAUUCCAAUGUUUGCUUCGAGAUUUGGAUAUUGAUAGGAGAAAUAUGAUGCACUUACCUUAUUAAGUGACGUAAGAACAUCAGAAAAUUAUGACGUGAAGAUUAUUAAAAUAUUUAAACGUAAAUAUUAUCUGUUUGGAAACUUUGUCUGAAUGAAAAUAAGGCCAGAAACGUUCUAAAAAAUCACAAAUUUGUUCAAUGAAAACAACAGCAAUUUGACUUCAACAUUUAAUGAAAUAUUCAAAACUUUUGUAAAAACUGACGAUAACUACCGCCUGACGAUAAUACCCUCCGUUGCUCUAUUGAAAUAAAUUCCAAGCAAUGACUUUUGAUAUUUUUUAAAUUCUUGGGUUUAUUAAGGUAUAUUUAAAGUUUAUUAUGAGGUGUUAUAGAGGGCAGUUUGAAAUCGUUGUGCUAUUUCUGAAUAAGAUAACUUGCUAGACAAAUCAGUUCUGAUUUGUUAUGUCUUAAAAGUAAGCACUGCGUUUCAGAGUUACCUCCCCUUUGUCUUAUGUCUGAAAUCAUUGAUUUCAAAUAACUUGGUAGAAACCUAGAUUGCUUUAACUAUCAAAGAGAAAGAUGCAAUACUGUAUGUAUAUAUAAUGAGAAUUUUAACAUACAAAUUAUUGUAUAAUUGUUACUGGAAAUGAGAUUUGCAAAAUCAAUAGAUUUUUUUUUCAACUAGAACAAAUAUUCAUACCCUGCCUACACCACUCUUUAUAGAGAGUCAUCUGUCAGUGAUUGUACGUCCCCGUCCUUUACAGCCCUGUUAUCACAGCUAGUUUCAAACAGGCUGUCAGCUGGUGAACUGUGACAGCAAACUUUUCACAAUAUGUGUGACUGUCCCUCCCUAAUAAACCUCCACUUCUUUAUAAUGUGAAAUAUACAAUUCUAUAUACAUUGUAUUCCAACACCCUAAAAACUUGCCAUUAGAAUGUUUUAUUUCAUAAAUGAAUUGAGAAAUGAUUCAAUAGCUGGCUUAAAUCUUCCAAGAAUUGUUAUUUCAAUUAGUAAGAAAUACCCUCAGUAUUUAAAAAGUAUCCUUUUAACAAAUUGUCAGCAAUUCAAACAUACAUGAAAAAAUUAAGGUUUAAGCUAAGUUUAUAGUACAGACGACACAGUGAUAAAAUAUAAUGAAGGUACUUUUCAGUUGCCAGAAAGAUUUUCUUUUUCGCUGGCGAGUCUUUGAUUUUCCAGUUUUGAUUAGUCAAUCAGGAAAAAAUGAAUGGUGUCUUCUUGUUAAGUGUUGUGUUCUAUCCCUGUAGAUUUGUUUCUGUUUGUGACAUGUAUGUAUUCUGCUGAAUGAAAUAUUUGCUAUUUACAUAUAUUUUCUUUUGUUAAUUUUUAAUAGGUAUAAAGUGAUUUUGAUGUUGUAAAUUAAGUGUAAGCGAUAAUGUAAUACUACAAAAUUAUGUUUUGUGUUUAAAUGUUAUAUUAUAGAUUCUAUGUAUUGAUAUAUCUACAAAAAUAUGACUUUUUGUUAAAAUUUAUAAACAAAUUUAUGUUGAACAAAAUCAUGUAGAUAUAUGAACAUUCAAUUGCAAAAAGAAAACUCAUCAAUGUUCAUUUAUCAGGCAAGUUACUCUAUGAUAUUGUGUUCAUUGAAUUUUUUUUUUAAACAAUGUAUAAAUUUACAAACCAUUGUGUUGAUGCAAACUACCACAAACGGUAAUAGUGUCAGUUUAAUAUAUGAACUUUAACAGCCAUUGUUACCCUGGUAAUAAUUUAGACAGUGUUUAUGAAGUUUUUUACUUUGGCUUAAUCUGAAAGCAUUUUGCUAUUGAAUUCAUUUAGAUUAAGAGUCUAUUACACUCUGUAUUUUAAUAUCUUUUCUGGGUAAUCAUUUAUAAUAAGGUUGAUUUUGUGACCAGUACUUAAUGAAAAAGUAUUAUGCAAAAACAAAGUUCUCAUAGAUACAAAACUCUUAAGUUCUUGGUUCAUGAAUAAUUUAUGAGUAAUUCAUGUAAUUUUUUUUUAUUUCUGUAUGGUAUGGCAACUUAUUUUGAAUUGAAUUAAGAAAACAAUGUACAAAGUAAUAUUGAGAAUAUUAAACAUUCAAAAUUGUAAUUAUUACUCUAGAUAUAUAGUCUAUAUGUGCAUCAAUGAAAGUGAUAACCUUUAAUGUUGAAUUUUUUCUUUAAUUUAUUUCAAAGCCAUGUGCAAUAUUUGCACUGUAUAUAUAUUUCACUGUUUGUAGGUUUACAAGUUUUGUGUUCUCUGCACAUGCUGUUCAUUAAAUUUUCACAGAACUCAAUCUGAUUAAAAUCACCUGUUACAUGGCUAUGUUUACUACAUACUAUGCCUGAACAUCUGAAGGUGCUUCGAUCAGGGUCAUGUUCAGGUGACCUUUCGAUCAGCCAAUCAUGUUGCCACUGGCAAAAUCUGUCCAGCGCUUCAAUAUUCCUUGUGAUGGUACGAUAGUCAUGAUAAGAUCUGAGAAAAAUUGAACAUAGCUCAGCGAUGCAAAACAAUAUAGCUAAACAAAAUGCAACAAAAGGCUUUGGAAAGGUCAUCUCUGAUUGGCUAAUAUAUAAUGAGUAUUCAUUGUCCAGGGGGUCACCCAGACAUGACCCUGAUCAGAGCACCUUCAGAUGUUCAGACGUAGUAUGUAGUAAAUAUAGCCGUGAAACAACUUAUUUUAAUCAGAUUGCCCAGAACUAAAAGGAGCAUGGAGUUACUGCCCUUUAAAGGUACUGCCAUUGCCCUAGAUCAUGUGAUAUUGUUGGUCACAUGUUUGAUUAUGUAGAACAUGCAUGACAGUGGUGUGUACAUAAGGUUUCCUACAGUAAUAGCCACCAUCACUCUGAAAAUAUUUACCUGUUAGAAGAGAUAUUCACAUUUAAUAAUGGAAGGUUAUGUAUCUUUUAUGUUUCUCUUAUGCAAGGAAAAUGCCAUCUUUAGAUCAUUUGGACUGUAAAAACAAUACAAUCUGGAUAAAAAUAAUAUGAGUAAAGGGAAAAUUUGCCAAGGAUUAUUUUUUUUUUUUUUUUGUUCUUGGAAUUUUCCAGUUGUUUUACAUAUGAUGCUUUUUGUCUGCCUAAUUAGUGUGUCGUCUGCCUAGUCAUAGAGGUCAUCUUUUAUCUAGGCCAUUGCCCUCUGAACCAUCACAUAAAAAAGUGUAUGCUGUCUGCUGGAUAAGUGUGACAUCUAUGUGUUGGCACAUUUUUGUGUCCUUGCUUACGUUGUGGUUCUAUGAUUUGAAAAAGACGUGGUGAUAUUAUUUAAAACUUGUCUAAAAAUAAUUGGAGUCUGCUGACUGUAAAUAUGUAACAUGUUUUACUCAAAAUGUUGAUUCUUUUACUUUGGUUUUGCUGAUUUAGACUUUAAGUGGUGAAGGAUUAUUAUGUAUGUGAUAUAAUUCAAACACAUUUCCAUGACAAUUUUAACAUAAGUGAUUAAUUGUGAAUUAACAUACACUUCAUUGUAACAUUUAAGACUCAAAUAAUUUCAACAGAUAAAAAUAAUAUUGCACUUUAUAGACAUAAUGCUGAUUUUACUAUAUUAUCAUACAUGUUGAUUUUGGCACAUCAACAUUUUCUUGCAUAUUGGACAGUUUAGCACAAUGAUGAAUUUGUCACCCACAAUGCUUUCCAUGGAAAACAUACAUGCAGACUGUAAUUGUACAUAUUUUAGCAGUAGUCAUAUUUUAGCAUUUUUCACUCUUGAAGCAUUUGGCUAAAUUAAGAUUUCAUUAUAUAUUAUGUGCUUUUCCUACAGAAAAUAUGAGAAUGUGCUAUUUCUUUAUUGUGCUAAUUUGUUAUAAUUUGGAAAUGCACAAAAAUUAGAAUGGCCAAAAAUAGUAUGUUUACAGUAUAGGAACUGCUAAACCAUAAUUUAGCAGAAUGCUUUCAGAGCUAAAACUGCUAAAAGAAGAAUACCAC